AUGGACACUGUAGAAAAGCCACUUGGAACCGACAGGGUUGAGCCGAUCAACCACGAAUCUGGCAGCGAAAAUGUCGACGAGAAGACCGGAACUGCUGAGGAUAGAGCUGAUAUGUUCCGCAUGGGCAAAGUCCAGGAGUUAAGGCGAAACUUCCGCUUCGUGUCUAUAUGGGCUUUCUCCAUGAUCUUGGUUGCAUCCUGGGAGUGCUCGCUGGCACUUGCUAGCAUCAGCCUUGUCAAUGGCGGAACGGCUGGGUACAUAUGGGUCUUCUUUAUCUGCUGGAUGGGCUUCAUGCUCGUCAAUACUUCCAUGGCGGAAAUGGCAUCCAUGGCCCCGACAACGGGUGGCCAGUAUCAUUGGAUAUCUGAAUUCUCGCCAAGAAAACACCAGAAGUUCCUCAGUUACCUUAUGGGCUGGCUUUGCGUCCUCGGCUGGCAAGGAGGGUGUGCAAGCUCCUCUUUCGUGGCCGGAACCAUGGUGCAGGGCCUCAUCGCCCUCAACCACCCGGACACAUACGUGCCCGAGGGAUGGCACGGCACACUGCUCACGAUAGCCAUUGCUGCUUUUUCGGUAUUCUUCAACACGUUUCUUGCGCGACACCUCCCGAAAAUCGAGUCUGGCUUGCUGGCGAUCCACUUCCUCGCAUUCAUCGGCAUCCUUGUAACACUGUGGACCAUGUCGCCAAGUAUAUCCGAUGCCACAGUCUUCACCCAGUUCUACGAUGGCGGAGGCUGGAAUAACCUCGGCGUGAGCACCCUUGCGGGAAUCACAUCGGGUAUAUUGCCUUUGUUGGGCGCUGACGCUGCAGCACAUAUGUCUGAAGAGUUACAAAGCGCCAGCAAAACUAUCCCUCGGUCAAUGAUACUCACAACGGCGGUCAACGGACUCCUGGGCUGGAUAAUGAUCAUUACCUUUGCCUUCUGCGUCGGGCCAAACGUCGACGACAUACUAGCAUCGCCGACGGGGUACCCGUUCAUGGCGGCCUUCUACAACUCCACAAAGUCGACGGCCUCGGCGACAAUCAUGUCCGUCUUCAUACUGCUGAUGCUGGUCAGCUCCAACCUUUCCAUCGUGGCCACGGCCUCGAGGCAGCUCUUUGCCUUCGCCAGGGACGAGGGCUUGCCCUUCUCGCCGUGGUUUGCGAGGGUGUCGCGGAACGAGCUCCCGAUGAACGCGAUCGUCGUCACGUUUCUCACGUCCGCGCUGCUCUCGCUCAUCAACAUCGGCUCGGCCACUGCUCUCAACUCCAUUACGUCUCUCUCGACGACUGCACUACUCUCGAGCUAUAUCUGUUCUAUUGGUUGCAUGAUCUGGCGCCGGUGGACUGGCGCUGCUCUGCUUCCCAGCCACUUCAGUCUGGGCCGCUGGGGGUUGGCGCUGAACAUUGCUUCUGAGGCCUUCCUGAUCUUUGCAUUGAUCUUCGCUUUUUUCCCUGUGUCGCCGAGCCCCAGUGCUGAUGUUAUGAAUUGGAACGUCCUCAUAUAUGGUGUCGUGGUCGUUGGCUCGGUUCUGUAUUACCUUCUGAGGGGACGACACCGAUACGUUGGUCCAGUCGAGUAUGUGAGAAAGUUGGAUUGA